CUUGUUGGGAUGGAGGAGAGACCCCCCAGCCAGCCCAUGGAGGCCUGGCAGGAGACGGACGAUGAAAGCGCCAGGUUCAUGCUGUCACGGCGGCAAGGCAGGGAGCUGGUGGUGGCGCCAACAUGGGCAGAUGCAGCCCUGUCAAAGGAGGCAAUGGAGGAGGAGCUGUGGCAGGAGUUGGCCCUGGAGUACAUCCACGACUUCCUAGAGAAGAAAGAAAAGGCCUAUGGGGAUAACCUGAAGCCCACUACAAAGGCUCAGAUCAUCCUGAAUGCCAUUGAGGAGGCAGCAACCUCAGGCCACUUCAACACAGAAGAGGUUGCUAUGCUGUUGCAUGGCCUCGUGAAACUCCACAUCUCCCUUUCAGAGCACGUUCCGAAGAUGGUGAAGAGCAUCUACCAGUGGCUCGCAUCCGUCAGGAGGCCCGAGCACAGGCUGGCCAAGAGCAUCCUGCCUCUGGCUGAGGAGCACCCCCACGACGUGGUGGUGACCCUGCUGCGCUGCUCCCCAUCGUGUGACAGAACUGCUGUGGUCCUGUGGGGUGUGAUGUUCUCUGAUGGCGAGACUUCGAAGCUGGUGAUGAACGAGCUCGUCCGUGUGCUGGAGGACUGGCCCCUGCACAGGACGUCCACCGCUGACAGAGACGACACGGCUGUCUGUUCCCUGGCGGCAACCAGGGUGCUGCGGGAGAUCCUCAAUAUGGACACCUGUGUACUGGCAGUGAAGAAGCAUUUCCCACAUCUCUUCCUGGCUGUGCUCUUCCAAAUUUCCUUCAGCACACAGCACACACCAGAGGAGGUCCACGCCUUCUGGAGGGAAUGCACGUGUGAAGACAAGGAGCCCCAUGAGCCCAAAAGAUUUGCAGCGUACACAAUGGCCAGACUGCUCGCCCGUGUGGACUGUUUGGAGCAGCUGGCGGCCUUUGAGCGUGGGAGUGGCUGGGAACUACUCAUCAGCCCUGAGGUCCACCACCUUGGGCUGACUCUACUGGCUGGAGAAUUGAAAACUACCUCAUUCGAGCUGCGUCUCUGGAUCCUGCAUGCUAUGAAAAGGCGUCUCAGCAGGGAAGAACCCCGCUGGAAGAUUGCUGCCAUGGCGUUCAUCCUUGAGAUGCUGACUUGUGAGGACCUAAAAGAACAGGAUGACUACAUUGUGAGGCUCCUCCCGAGGUACCUGCACAGUGAGGAUGAGAUGAUGCUGGAUCUGCUGCUCAGAGGCCUCCUGAAGAUGUGCGAUGGACGCAGGAGGGCAAGGAAAAUUGCAUACCUGCUGUCAGACAUCUUGGCUCUCCUGAAGCAUGAGGAAAAGGAUUUGGCUAUGUUAGCCCUGGUUUUGCUCAUCAGGAUUCUCCAGUGCAUAGACAGGUUGCUCAACAGACACACCGUCAGGGAGAUGGCUGUGAGUCUGCGGCCACUCUUCGAACAUUGGGAUGCCACCGUGCGGUUGGUGGCCAUCCAGCUCUACAUGGACGUGAUGGACUUCACAGAGCCGAUUGAAAAAUGGUAUGUGAGGUCGGAAGUCCAAAAGUGCCUGAUCCCACUGCUCUGCCACCUGGACGACGAUGUUGAGGAAGUCGCUGAGGCUGCUCUGAAAACCUUGACUUUUGCUGCCAAGUUCCUGAAAAAGAAGAAGCUCAAGAGAAUGCUGAAGGCAAGAAAGAAAUGGAGGGCUGCCGAGUACCUGGCCAAGGAAAGCGGACGGAUAACAAAACUCUACCUGAACCAGGGCCUACGCUACCUGAACAGCCCACACGAGUUCGUGCGAUUGGCAGCAGUCAGGUUCCUUGGGCUCCUCGGGCGGCACAUGAUGGACUGGCGUGAGGAGAAGCUCCAGAUCAUCUGUGAGGCCCUUGAACGCAUGACGGACGAUGCCAGUGCAACCAUCUCCAGCCUGGCGGUUCAGAACAUUUUAAUUCUACGGGCUGUGGAAAGAAGGCGUAACUCCACAUUUGGAAAGCACACAGUGUACACCCAGUUCCAUAAGGCAUGGCAGAGGAUGCCCUCUUGGCUGGGCAGCUGCUGGUGGUGCUGAACUAGCCAAUAAACGAGUAAUACAAAUUAAAUCAAUAAACUAGUAUACAAAAUUAUUUCAUAAA